AAUGGAAGAAGAAAUCCCUUUAGAAUUAAUCGAUGAACAGAUAAGCAUAGCACCAUCUCUAUAUUCUCAUAGUUCUAUUAUAGCAAAUAUUCAAAACUAAAUGAUUCAAUCUAGUAGUAAAAUUUAGAAUGAUCCUGUCAUAUUAAAAACAUCUCUUACCAAUGACAUCUUUAAGGAAGAUAACUUAGAUAUCUCAUAAUUUGAUCCCAAUAAUCCUAAAUACAAAAGUAAACCACAUGAAGUUCAUUUCUAAGUAACUUCAUUUAUAAAAUAUACUUUAUUUGGUUUGAUGGUUUAAAUACUUGGACCACUUAAUAUUCUAAUAUUUGUGUGGAAACAUAAACAAAUGUUAUAAAAUUGGUAGCUUUAUGGUUGUACAUGGAAAGUUUUCUUUUGUUAUUUAAGAUAUUGUAUUGAUCUUCUUUUGACUCUUAGUUUUAUACUUGAACCAAUGGAUACUUUAACAUUUUAAUGUAAUAAUAUUCAUUUAAUCUUUAUUUAGUAUUAUUGUACUUUAUUAUUCAAGAAUUGGCAGAGAUUAUAUUAUAAAAUAUUAUUUUGGCAUUUUAUCAUCCUUAGAAAUUGGAAUUAUUGGAGAAAUUUCCACUUGAAGAAAUCUUUAAUAAAUUUGAAACUCAAAUCAAUCCAAUAUUAUGGUUCAAAUAAACACCAGAAUUAAUUAAAUUCGAAUUAGAAUAAUCAAUUAAAAGAAUGCAUAUUGAACCUGGAUUAUUUGUUUUCUAUUUCAUUGUUUAACCUAAUGAAAAGAGAAAGGAAAAGAUAUAGCAUUAUUUUGAAAACUUGAAAAAGGAAGGUAAAUAUGCUGGUAAUGGAUUAAAGAUGGCUAUUGAAAUUAUAGAAUAUUACAAUAAUCAAUCUCCAAUGUAUAUGUACAUUUUUAUAGCCAUUGCAGCUAGUUGUUUUAGAAUUAUAUUGACAAUUUUUUAUUCCUAAUUCUGGUAUGGAUCUUAAUGUUAAAUAUUGAUGUUUAUAACAAUUACAUCAUUAAAUACUUUAGGAUAUUUUUUUGUAGUUUUAAUCAUGUUAAUAACAUUUAGAGAUUUGUAGAGGAAAGUCUUUUGUCUUAAUUAAUUAUCUCAUUUAAUUUCAGCAUAAUAAGUAGAGGAAUUUGAUGAAACUAAGAUAUUUCCAACUUUGAACUUUUUAUGUGUAUAAUCUUUAUUUUCUUGGUAAAAUUUAAGGAAAAUCUUAGUUGAUUAUGGUUUGUAAUAUUAUUAAAGAGAAAAUGCUAUAAUUUCAUUUUGUUUAGAAAUUAUUUUAGUUUUGAUUACAUUUGCUAUUUUAAAUAUAUUUGAUGUAAUCAGUUGUUUUACAUUAGAUGAUUCAGGUAAGAUAUCAUUAUUUGUAUAAAUUGGAUUUGAUGUAUUAACAAUAAUGUUUUUAACUAUAUUGGUUGUUUUUUAAGGAGCACGUAUUAAUAAGCAUUAUAAAGUUCAUUAAAGUAUGUUAAAGAGAAAUAUGUUUACUUAUCAAUAAUUAUCUACUUAAUCAUUUAUUAAGAAAGAAUAUCAUGUCUAACCUUAAGAUUUUAUGUUCAAAACAUUAAAAACAACAAUUGAUAAAAUUGAAUAAUAAAAUGAAAACAAAAAUUGGUUCUUCUUUUAUUCUUAAUAUGUUUUAAAUGCAAUUGAAUAAGCAUAUUAAGAUUUAUGUUAUGAUGAAGAGAAUAAACCAUUUACAGUUCUUGGUAUUGCAAUGACUCAUAGUUUAGCAGUAUAAUUGAUUGCAAGUUUUCUUGGAAUAUUUGGUACUAUAAUAACAAGUAUUUACUUUCAUAUAUGA